CCCAGGAACCCCAGAUGGAGAUUCUUUCAGAAGCAAAACUAUUAGAAUGGACAGUCUAAGAAUUUAAAAUUAGCCUGAUAUACAUACUAAAAUAUAUGAAAGGAGAAUAUUAGCAAGAAACAAUAAGAAGAAAACAUAAAAAACAAGCAGAAAUAUUAGGUAUAAAAAAUAUAAUGGUUGAAAUAAAGAAUGUAAUAGAUGGGAUUAAUAACAGAAUGGAUAGAACUUCAGAACAAAUUAGAGAAUGAAAGAUGCAAAUUUAGGAAACCUCUCAGAAGGAAGAAGAAAAGAACAAAGAAGUAGAAAAUAUAAAACAAAAGGUAAGAGAUAUUGAAGAUACAAGUAGAAGUGCUAGCAUCUGAAUACUAGGAGAUCCAGAAAAGGAAAAAUAACAGUGGUAGAGGAGGAAAUAUUUGGAGAAUUAAUGGAGAAAAUUUACUUACCAUAAUUGACAAAAUAAGAUAUAACAGUCUGGACCAAAGGUGCCCAUAGAAUGUCAAAGAAGAGAGAGAAGGAAAACCUCAUAGCUGGAUAUAUUAUAGUGAACUUUUAAGGAUUUCAGAGACAAAGAAAAUUCCAAAAGCUUACAGAGUGAAAAACCAGAUCCUAUAUAAAAAUUAGAAGCAGAUUGACUAGAUAGUUUUCAACAGCAACAUUCUAUGUAAAAAUGCAAUGGAAUCAUAUUUUGGUUUUCUGUUGUUGCAUAACAGACUACCUCCAAAACUCCAUGACUUAAAACAGCAACUAUUUUAUCAUAUCUUGUAUGAUCUACUUCUACAUAUUGGAUUGAGCUGCUCUACAUGGGGUUGACAGAGGCUGCCUGGGAGUAUUCAUCUCGUGGACAGACUGGUCUGGAGGGUUCCAGAGCGGCUCUACUCAAUGCCUGAUGCCUUGGUGGGGAAGGCUGGAAGGCUAGACUCAGCUGAGGAUGACCUGCUAGAUGCCUGCAUGUGAUUUCUCCACAUAGUUUCUCUAGCAUGGUAGCCUCAGGGUAGUGGGACUUCUUACCUGGUGGCUGGCUUCCCCCAGAGUGAGUGCUCCAGGAGACUCUGGUGGGAGCUGCAAGUCUUCUUAUGACCUAGCCUUGGCAGUCCUAGGAUGUCACUCCCCCCACAUUCUCUUGCUCUCGCAAAUCAUCAAGGCCAGCCUGGAUUCAAGGAAAGAGGAUUUAGACUCUACCCCUUAAUGGGAGGAGUAGCAAGGAAUUUGUGGCAAUCUAUCACAAAUCUACAAAGUGUUUUUAAGUAUUGAAGAAAGGGAACUUAGAACCUAGAAUAUCACAGCCAUCCUUCAAAAAUAUCCUGAGCCAUGUAGGCUUCUAGAUGCUUUGCCACAGAACGAACUACACUGGAACUAGUUUGGGGUAAAAUAUUUAAAUAAGAGCAGAGAAAAAAAAAUCUAGAUUUUAAGAGAUAAAUGAGAUAAAUUAAGUAAAGAUGGCCAGAUUCCUGAGUAAAGUUGAUGUCUAAAAUCAAUUAGCUAAGACCAAAGGAAAAGAGAAAAUAUAUCCAUCAUCAUCCAGAAUCGAGUCUAGCUAAUAUUAUCAUGAUAAGGGUUGGAAGGACAGAGACUAGGGGACUUGAGUGUGCCAAAUUUCUUUUCUGACAGGGUGGGAGGGGAUAUAAUAUCAACUUUAAAAAAAUGAAUUAAAGGGAACACAGAAGAAGUGGGAUAAAUGGAGGGAGUAGGUGACUUGGCCUGAGUCACACAGCCAUUGGUGGUGGAGCCAGGUGCUCUGAUAUCAGAACCCACGUGCGUGAGUGAAGUAUUAUCAUUGCUGUAACCUCACUAGCAGAGUGCGCUCAAGGACAUGUUGCUGCUGGUCAGAUGUUCUUUUCUCUGUUUUUGGUAAUUUCCUUUGUUCCAGGCUGUGAAUGGACAGAGGGAGGGCCCUCUCCUGUGUUUGAGCCCGGAGCCGUGAGCCACCUGGUCACAUGGCAGGAUGGCCGGUGUAGCAGUGGGUUCCUGGCUUCUUUGCCCCAGCCAGAGUCCCAUCUCAGUGUGGCCUCAGGGUUUGGCUGUGCAACCAUCUUCUGGCUUUUGAAGAAUAGCCCAGAGUUCCUGAGGUCCUACGAUGCUGCUGGCACCAUCCAUGACUAUGUGGUUGCCAUGCUGUGUGGCUUGCCAAGAUCCCUGAUGUGCGACCAGAAUGCUGCUAGCUGGGGAUAUUUCAACACUCAGAGCCAAAGCUGGAACUUGGAAAUAUUGAGGGCCUCAGGCUUUCCCACGCACCUGCUCCCAGACAUCGCCGAGGCCGGCAGUGUGGCGGGCAGAACUUCCCAUGCCUGGUUUGAAAUCCCACAGGGGACACGGGUGGGCGUGGCCUUGGGUGAUUUACAGGCCUCCGUCUAUUCCUGUAUGGCUAAAAGGACAGAUGCAGGUAAGUCUUGCUUUUGUUGGCUCCUCAGACUUCUGCUGGUGCCUCCUAAGCUCCAGCUCUGUGUGAGGGCCCAAGGGGCACCUGUAACCAGCAGCCUCAGCAUCCCAUUGAUCGCUAUUCUGUGAACAUGAAAAACCGCCUCCUUCCUGCGGGUGAAGCCCCUCCUGGAGCUUACAAUCCAGCAGGGCAAGUUCUGUCCCUGACCACAGUCUGUGUUUUUCUUCUUUAGGGCCAGGUAAGGGAAUUGACUCUCUCUAGUUGGCUGAUUUCUACAUAACUCCAUGACCCAAAAAGUAGAUUAGUAGAUGAGGGUUUUUUGUUAUUGUGUCUUUGUCAAUGGAAGUUCCAUCCGAUCUGAUGAGGAGUGCAGUCUUUCUGCAUUCAGAGUAAGAGAGUCACAGUGAGGUGGAGGCCGGAGUCUAGGGCAGGGCUUGGUAAACUUUUUCUGUAAAGGGCCAGAUAGUAAAUAUUUUAGGCUUUGUAAGCCAUAUAGUUUCUGUCCUAACAGCUCAACUCUGCUGAAGCGUGAAGCAGCCAUAGCUAAUACGUAAAUGAAUAGGGGUAUAGCUGUGUUUCAGUAAAACUUCAUUUAUAGACACUAAAAUAUGAAUUUCAUAGUGUUUUCAUGUGUCAUGAAAUUUUCUUCUCCUUUUGAUUUCUUCUCAACCAUUAAAAAAUGUAAGAACAUGCUACUGGGAUUGUAAAAUGCUAUAGCCCCUUUGGAAAACAGUCUGGCAGUUCCUCAAAAGUGAAACAUGGAGUUAGCACCCGACCUAGCAUUUCCACUCCCAGGUGCACACCCAAGAGAACUGGACACAUGUCCACACAAACACUUCAUAAAGAUGUUCUUAGCAACAUUAUUCAUAAAAUUCAUAAUUUCAAAAUUAGCUGAGAGGGAAAGUGAAAUUCUACCUAUUUUGUUUGCACAUAUAUGUGAUAAAAUCUUUUAAGGCCAACAGUUGUUCAAAA